UCGCGCCUUUCUUCAUUUUCCUCCGUCACUUUCCUCCCGCAAGAUCUCUAUGCCAAGGGAAAUCAGCUGCAAGUCUUCAACUCCCAACGGACCCCUCCAGCGCAAACCCAAAGCCCUAGACCCCUUUGAUUCAAAGCCCUACCAUUGCCACUCCUCCACCAAUGGUAUCCUUUUUCCCCUUUCUCAUUCUUUCUUCUUUCUCUUCUUUCUUUUCUUUCUUUUCUGUUUUUCUUUCUUCUCUCUUUUCUGAGAGACACCGAGAGACCCGAGAAGAGAGAGAAGCCAACUGAGAGAGAGAGAGAUUGUGAGAGGGAGAGACCGGAUCUGAGAGUGAAACCGGGAGAAGACCACCGGAGGUCCGAUUUCCAGUGGUCGUUGCUCGAGAAACCGACGGAGGAGAGGACCCAGAACCGGAACCCGUCAGCAGAAACCCAACCCUCCAACGACCCAGACCCGGUUUCCAGAGAGCAGAGGCGCCGCUUCCGGUGGAUCGUAGGCCGGAGCUGAUUUCCAGCGAUUCUGGCCGGAAAUCCGGCGACUUCCAGAGGCGAUUUCAGGCUAGCAGAUAUCGCUGCAAAUCUUCGUGCCGCCGUGUAGAGAGAGAGAGAGAGAGAGAGAUGGUUAAGGUGGUGAAGAGGAAGAAGAAGGAAAAGAGGGGACAGACGCCUCUUUCAGAUUUCGGAAAUCCCCCUCUUGAAGAAAAACAACAACGAAAGCGAACUCGCCCUACCUUGGGUCCUUAUCCUCUACGGCUAUCCAGCUACCUGAUUGGUACUCUACGGCUGCUGAACCCUAAUCAGGGCAGUGAUGAUGGUCUGAGUGGCUGCCAUGCAAUUACCGCCGAUGAAUGCAAACGCUACACGGAACAACUCGUGAGGACUGAUGGCUUUGAGAUGGACCGAAGGCCUCGCAUCUUCGGUUUUGGUUUAAUUAGACCAUGCAAUAUUCGCGAUCCGGAUCAAUCUCGCAGGUGCAUACUAUAUUCGAAGCAUGCAAUCAAGGCAUACAACAAAUGGAUCUGCACUUGGAAUAUUUCAACUCCCCGACUGAAGUUUGGGAGGGUUUUGAAAGCUAUGCGUCAGUAUUGUGAUCUGCUCAGGUAUUAUAUUACCUUUGAGGCCGAGGAGCUUGCUGAUGGAGGCCAGACUAAGACAUAUCAAGCUGUGGUGCGUAGCUUGCUACCGAUAGAUGUUAAUAUCUCCGUGCUGUCUUUCAGGGAAUGUGAGCGAGUGAAAGGUUCAGGCUAUCAUGGGAAAGAAUGGGCUUGGAAAGAUCACAUUCACAGAGGCGAAGGGGUCACAUGUACGUAAUGCAUGCACACGUAAUGAAUGCACGUGCGACAAGGACUGAAGACAGUAGAUGGCAUGCUCGUGGAUUGAAGCAGUUACAUAGUUUAGUAGUUAGUUUGUAUAGUUUAUUUAGUGCAGUUGUGCAGUUGGUUGCAAGUUGUUAGUUGGUUCUAUGUAAGGCUUUAUAAGCAGAGGCCCGAGAGUCGCUUUUGGGGAAAGGGGAACUUGAUUUAAAAGACUGAAUGGUAACACAUGAGCGGGAUUUUGAUAAUUGAAUUUCAAUUCUUUUGAAUGCAAGGGCAUUUCCUAA